UUUCCCUAAGAAAGAUUUUCGAUGGGUAAGCAUCCAAUCAAGAAGGUUAAACGAAGAAAGAUUAUAUUCUUCUUUAAUAAACUGUCGAUCCAUCUUCAAUUUUUCCGGAUACCAAACAUCUUCAUAUUCAAAACUUAGCCCCCUAGUAAGAGUACUCUAUCGUGCUGACCGUGAGAUUGCUUAUCUUGUCCAUUUGAGAUUCGUAUGGUCAUUCUGGAAACCUAUUACCAUUUUAGAUCCAUUUCGUAGUUGGAAUCUUCAAACACUUUCAGUUGAUUGGAUUAAUAAAACGAGCAUUUUAGAGUUUCCACAACUACAACAUUUAGAUAGUUACAAAGGUCUGCGUGAUUUUCCCAUAUUUUUUCAUCAAAACUUGAAGAGCAUUUUUGGGUUGUUUCUUCAUCAAUGCACAAAAGAAUUAUUUAAAAAUAUUCCAUACCUAAAGAAGGUAGGGAUUGUAUUUGGAGAUGGUUUUUGGAGUGAUGAUUGCAUUAAUAACAUUGCCUAUUCACACCAGCUCCAGAGUCUGCAUCUUUGUCAUCUAUUUAUUGGGCCUCGGUUGGUGAUUCCAAAUAAUAACCACCUUGUUUGCUUGAAAAACCUUAUGAGGUUGAGGUUUUCCUACUUGAGAUUUGAGUGGAAGGCAAUUAAUAUUCUUAGCAAGUGGCCUAAACUUGAGGUACUAAGGUUAAACAAUUGUGACAUCAUUGGUGAAGAGUGGGAACUAUUGGAGAAUGAGAAUUUUGACCACUUAAUUUAUUUGGAACUUUUUCGCAAUGGUCUAAAGCAUUGGGAAGCAAGUGCCUGUCAUUUCCCAAAUCUUGAGCGCCUAGUUCUUAUAAGGUGUCCUCAAUUGGUAAAGAUCCCAGCUGACUUUGCAGAAAUUCUAAAUUUAAAGUCAAUCGAAUUGACUGAGUGUCUUUGUUCUGCGGUGGAUUCUGCAAAGGAAAUUCAAGAACAGCAACAUGAGUAUGGAAAUGAUAAUAUGGUCGUCAUUGAGGAAAAUACUAUAUCGGAUGGUGAUGAUGAUGAUGAUGAUAAUGAUAAUGAUGAUAAUGAUGAGGAGGAGAAGGAGGAGGAGCUUUAUAGUUGAAUAAAAGCAAAAGAAAAAAAAAAGGAAGAUGAUAUAUGAAUGCUGAUUGCUAAGUGCCUGUCUGCCAUAGUGCCAUGAAUCUUGAUUGCUGAAGUUGUUUGACUUGUAAUUUCUGAACUUGUAACUUGUAACUUUUAUGUUGGAAUUUGGACACUUGAACAUUUGGUAUUUUGGUCAUAUGGAGUUUGUCAGUUUGGACAUUUGUAAGUCACUAAGUUGUAACUUGUAAGGUGUAAUUUGAACAUUUGUCA